AUGGAAUACUCGCAAGAGCAACUAAACUACUUCAGACUCUGCUACAUAGCAUUUGAUUUGGUUCCAGUGGGACUGCGGCACAUUUUCAAAAACGAAUGGGAUUUCCUUUAUAAAGCAACGUUAACUGGAGAAUGGAAAGACACGGCACAAAAUGGACAUGAUUUUUACAACCAAGAAUCUAAAGCAAGUCGGAAUAAAAACGCCCGAACUCUGGCAAUAAUCUACAAUGGUGACAGGCCAGAGUGGGACUGUACCUAUUUGUUUUUUGCCAUUCUGUACUCGGACAGCAUUGGUAAAACCUUAAGCCCAGCUGUCCGUAAAGAGGUCGAUGAUAUUCGUCAGGUGCGAAACGAGAUCGCUCAUAUCACCGAGGCUAAGUUGACAGAUGCCGACUUCCAAACGUCUGUAGACAGAGUGUUGAACGCUUUUACAUCCCUUGGUCUGGCUAUACCUGAGAUUCAAGAAAUAAAGAACCAGAAGACCUUUCCGACGAAGGAAGUGGAAAAAAUAAGAAAGCAAGUUCGUUAUCUCCAAACCGAGUUAGAUAAGACAAAAAGCACUCUUAAAAGUACCGAAGCUGCCCUGGUUUCUGUCACACAGGAAAUAAGUGUAGAACUUCAGCCAUUUGGCAUUCUCGCAUCGUGCCCACCACACCAUACUAUCAGGCGCUCGCAUGAUAUUGAAAGAAUCACUAACGAAAUGCAGGAACUUUACAAAAGUUCAAGCGGGGCAGUCAGUACAGUGUAUUUGUCAGGAAAUCCAGGAUGUGGCAAGAGCCAACUUGCCCGGGAGAUCGGACAGCAGUUCUUUUCUAAACAAAACAAUGAUCUUAUCUUUGUGGCGACAAUGAACACAGAAAGCAUUGACAAACUUGCUGACUCUUACCUCACCCUUGGGAGACACUUAGGGAUAACAGAAUACGCGUUGAAAGGUUUAGAAUCUAUAAAAGAAGAGAAACCUAGUGAAGCAAUUAAACAGCUCCAUCGCUUGAUUCUGCCGAAGACCAGCAAGUUUACCAAAUGGUUGAUAAUAGUAGACAAUGUGAUUGAUUUACGCCUAGUCCGCGACUUGCUUCCUCAAACUGGCAGUAAAGAAUGGGGCCAUGGGCAAGUGCUGAUUACCACUCAAGAUAGUGGUACAAUUCCUCAAAACGCUCCUCACACGUAUCAUGAAUCGUUAAGCAAAGGAAUGAGGCGGGACGAGGCAGUGGAAUUGCUGGAAACAGUAUCGCGAAUUUCCGAGCGAGUACAAGCAGAAAAUGUCGCUGAACUUCUCGAUUUUCAGCCACUGGCCUUAGCUGCUGCUGCUUAUUUCGUGCAAACUGUUGUGACCAGUGGGUCUUCAAAUUAUAAUUGGAAAGCAUACCUUCAAGAGAUAUCAACAUACAGCCAACGAAAAUCGGCCGAAACUGUCCUUGCUAAUGAGAGUUCAGCCUACGCUAAAACAACAAUGGCCGCAGUAGAAAUGGCUAUCCAAAGAGCUGUUGAAACAGACGAGGUUCUUCUUCAUACAUAUUCUUUUCUUUCGCUCUGCGCUAACGACGACCUACCACUCGAAACUGUUUUAAAGUUCGUCAAAGCCCAAGUAAAGGACCAUCCAGAGGUUUUAAUGAAAGCAAACAUUGUAAGGUCCUCUUUAAGUCUUGUUCAUUCCGAAGAAGGGGGUGAACGAACUUAUUUACGUUUACAUAAAGUUGUGCAUGACGCUUUGAAACGAGGCGAGAUAGCCAACCUGAAAUCAAGCCGGGAAAGCGACCACACCAUGGCAGAAGCGGUAAAGAUUUUCAAAUCCCAACUCGAAGAAAAUUACGAGAAUUAUGCGUUUUGUAAAAAAUUGAGGCCCCACUGUGAAUCUUUACUUAAGAAGAUGACGUCAGAGUUUAGUUCAGAUGAAAGCACUUUUUCAGAAAGGUUUGCGCUCUUCAUAAAUUUGGAUACAGUUAUUGAUUGGCUACAUAACCUCGCCAGGGUCUGUCAAGAAAGCUCCUAUUUCUUCUUUGCGAAAAUUGUGGUCAACUUAGCAUAUGACCUACUGUGGAACUUAGACGACACUUCAACAGGUGCGUUUGCUCGUAAAGGGAGGGUUUUGAAUAUAACUGGCGAAGUGUAUCACCGCCUGGGAGAAUACAGUCAAGCCAAAGAACUUCACGAAAAAGCACUGAUACUUCGCAAAAAGAUUUUUGGUGAAGAUCAUGCCGACGUAGCAACAAGUUAUGAUAACUUGGCAUUAGUGUGCAAACGCCUGGGAGAAUACAAUCAAGCCAAAGAACUUCACGAAAAAGCACUGAUAAUUAGCAAAAAGAUUUUUGGUGAAGAUCAUGCCGAUGUAGCAACAAGUUAUAACAACUUGGCAUUAGUGUGCAACACCCUGGGAGAAUACAAUCAAGCCAAAGAACUUCACCAAAAAGCACUGACUAUUCACAAAAAGAUUUUUGGUGAAGAUCAUGCCGAUGUAGCAACAAGUUAUAACAACUUGGCAUUAGUGUACAAAUGCCUGGGAGAAUACAAUCAAGCCAAAAAACUUCACGAAAAAGCACUGACUAUUUACAAAAAGAUUUUUGGUGAAGAUCAUGCCGCUGUAGCAACAAGUUAUAACAACUUGGCAUUAGAGUACGACACCCUGGGAGAAUACAAUUAAGCCAAAGAACUUCACCAAAAAGCACUGAUAAUUCGCAAAAAGAUUUUUGGUGAAGAUCAUGCUGAUGUAGCAACAAGUUACAACAACUUGGCAUUAGUAUGCAAACGCCUGGGAGAAUACAAUCAAGCCAAAGAACUUCACCAAAAAGCACUGACUAUUUACAAAAACAUUUUUGAUGAAGAUCAUGCCGAUGUAGCAACAAGUUAUAACAACGUGGCAUUAGUGUACGACAUCCUGGGAGAAUACAGUCAAGCCAAAGAACUUCACCAAAAAGCACUGAGAAUUCGCAAAAAUAUUUUUGGUGAAGAUCAUGCCGCUGUAGCAACAAGUAAUGACAAUUUGGCAUUAGUGUACAGAUGCCUGGGAGAAUACAUUCAAGCCAAAGAACUUCACCAAAAAGCACUGAUAAUUCGAAAAAAUAUUUUUGGUGAAGAUCAUGCCGCUGUAGCAACAAGUAAUGACAACUUGGCAUUAGUGUACAGAUGCCUGGGAGAAUACAUUCAAGCCAAAGAACUUCACGAAAAAGCACUGAUAAUUCGAAAAAAGAUUUUUGGUGAAGAUCAUGCCGCUGUAGCAACAAGUAAUGACAACUUGGCAUUAGUGUACAGAUGCCUGGGAGAAUACAAUCAAGCCAAAGAACUUCACCAAAAAGCACUGAGAAUUCGCAAAAAUAUUUUUGGUGAAGAUCAUGCUGAUGUAGCAACAAGUUACAACAACUUGGCAUUAGUGUACAGAUGCCUGGGAGAAUACAAUCAAGCCAAAGAACUUCACCAAAAAGCACUGAUAAUUCGAAAAGAGAUUUUUGGUGAAGAUCAUGCCGCUGUAGCAACAAGUAAUGACAACUUGGCAUUAGUGUACAGAUGCCUGGGAGAAUACAAUCAAGCCAAAGAACUUCACGAAAAAGCACUGAUAAUUCGAAAAAAGAUUUUUGGUGAAGAUCAUGCCGCUGUAGCAACAAGUAAUGACAACUUGGCAUUAGUGCACAGAUGCCUGGGAGAAUACAAUCAAGCCAAAGAACUUCACCAAAAAGCACUGAUAAUUCGCAAAAAGAUUUUUGGUGAAGAUCAUGCUGAUGUAGCAACAAGUUACAACAACUUGGCAUUAGUGUACAGAUGCCUGGGAGAAUACAAUCAAGCCAAAGAACUUCACCAAAAAGCACUGAUAAUUCGCAAAAAGAUUUUUGGUGAACAUCAUGCCGCUGUAGCAACAAGUAAUGACAACUUGGCAUUAGUGUACAAAUGCCUGGGAGAAUACAAUCAAGCCAAAGACCUUCACCAAAAAGCACUGAUAAUCCGCAAAAAGAUUUUUGGUGAAGAUCAUGCCGAUGUUGCAACAAGUUAUAACAACUUGGCAUUAGUGUACGAACGCCUGGGAGAAUACAAUCAAGCCACGAAAAAGCACUGA